AUGUCGUCCCACAAGACUACCGAUUAUGAUACCAUCGUUGUCGGCGCAGGCUUCGGUGGUAUUCGGUCGCUCUGGGAACUUAGUCAGCUAGGCCUAACCGCAAAGUGCUUCGAGGCUGGAUCAGAUGUGGGCGGCGCAUGGUAUUGGAAUCGCUAUCCUGGAGCCCGAACAGAUAGUGAAGCAUGGGUGUACAGUAUGAACUUUGCGCCCGAGUUGAGGGACGAAUGGGAUUAUCGUGAGCGGUACCCUUCUCAGGAAGAGGUUCAGCGGUAUUUAGGCCGCGUUGUUGAUCGAUUCGAUCUGCGCAAGAAUAUUGAGUUCAACACGCGUAUCGGGGCCGCGCAUUACAAUGAUGCUGAGAGCACCUGGACGAUUACCACCGCAAACGGAAUUUCCGCGACUUGCCGCUACUUCCUCCCUGCGACCGGGCCUUUGUCGGUUACAAAAGAUCCGCCUUUUGCAGGGCUCAAGUCAUACACUGGCGAGUGGUAUCAAGCAUCCAAUUGGCCCAAGCACAAAGUCGAUUUCCACGGGAAGCGCAUCGCAAUUGUUGGCACCGGCGCUACAGGAGUCCAGAUCAUUCCCAAGGUUGCCCCUGUUGCCAAGGAGUUGACAGUGUUUCAACGUACUCCGAACUACGUGCUUCCGGGGCGAAACUAUGUCAUCGACGAGCAUCAGGCUGCGGAAAUCAAGCACAACUAUGAUGCCACAUGGAAUCAUGCAAGCUCGCACCCCUUCGGUCUGGCUAUGACUCCCUCGGGGAAAACAGUCAAGGAUGCGACAGACCCGGAAAUCAUCAAACAGGUCUUGGACUCUGGCUGGGAAUCCGGUGGAUUCCAUUAUCAGUUCGAGACUUUGGAUGACCUUUUCACAAGCCAAGAAUCCAAUGACAUUGCCUCGGAAUAUCUUCGCCAAAAGAUUCAAGCCAUCGUCAAGGACCCCAAAACGGCAGAACUACUCUCCCCAAAAUAUCCCUUCCUAUCCAAGCGUCCGCCUUGUGGACACUUCUACUACGAGGCAUUCAAUCGGCCCAACGUCAAGCUGGUUGACAUCAAACGUGACGAUAUUGAUCUCUACGAGAAAGGAAUCCGCACCAGCUCCGGGGGCGAAUACGAGUUCGACAUGAUCAUUUUCGCUCUGGGAUUCGAUGCCGCCACUGGCGCGCUUAGUGAGAUGGAUGUCAAAGGUAUCCACGACAAAUCACUGGCGAACUUUUGGGCAAGCAGGCUUGAAACUUUCGCCGGGGUCCUUGUGCCUGGAUUUCCAAACAUGUUCUUGGUCUGUGGCCCUCACGUGCCUUUUGGAAACAUGCCAGUUGUCGUCGACAUAGAAGUGAACUGGAUCGGCAAAACCAUUGGGUAUAUGGAGAAGAACAAAGUCGCCAAUAUCAACGUCACUGAGAAAGCCGUGGUUGCAUGGUCUUCUCACCUGCAUGAAGCAUUCAACGCCACUCUUUUUGCGGAAUCUGCCACGGCAUCUGGCGCUUGGUUCGUUGGCGCAAAUAUACCAGGAAAGGCCCUCGAUAUCUUGUUCUAUUUUGGGGGUGUGCCGACUUGGACUGCUUGGCUCGACAAUGAGAGUAAGGCGGGGUGGGAAAACAUGGAAUUUCAUCCUCCCGUCGUCUCCGACACGGAGACUGAAGCUACUUCGGAUCAACACCGUAGCCAGAUAGCAGUUGGUAUUACAACAGUAGCAUGA